AUGGAAUACGGACUACCACCCAUCAAGCCCUACUCCCCGGAUCGACUCUCUGGCUACUUCGACGCUUUUGUCCACAAUACACGAACGAUGCAGGACGUCAACACAUGGCUGCCAACACUGAACAGCUUGCGGGGUCAGAAGGACUACCUGGAGGAGUUGCUAUCGAAGACUGCCACGACGCUCAACGCACUCCGCGACAGACAGACACGCAAUCAGCGCGUAUUGGACACCAAUCCAACUCCGCGUUCGAAGCGGAAGAAGAUCCAGCAGAACAGAUGGAGAACGUGUAAGACAAUUCAUACAUGCGAAAACGAGGAGAAAGUGAUACUCGAUUGUCUAAAAGUCUGCGAAAACAACAUUCAUACGCUGGAGGCAAUCAUCUGUCCGCCGGAAACGCCGUGGACCCGCGCAGAAUACUACUCCAGCAACUCAUAUGUCGAUUCGGACACGACAUCAUUUGACUGGCAAGGCUGGACAGAGGAUGUGGCCGUCUCGCCGUUUGAAAAGACCCGCAUCCGUCCGCUCCCGUUAGAUGAUAUAGCACCAGACACAGUAGCAUCUGUGUAUGCAGGAGCGGAGACCAGGCGUCCACCUCCACCACCUCUUCGACCUGUAUCUGAAAUUGAUUCGGCGCUCCCUCCAGCACCACCAAACUCCGCGUACACCAACUUUACCCUCAGCCCGGAAGCCACGGCCUUCAAGCCACAUGGAGCCCAUCUGCAACUGCCCGUUGCCCGUUUGACCAAGGAACUGGACAAGCUCACCAUCUCCGGUUUCCUGGCAUCGAAGCGCAUGGACUCGAUCCGGAGGCGUCGCUUCUCAGACGAGGGCGUGGCGUUCCUCCGCCGCUCGAGCAAUAUUCAGCCCGCAUUGACAAGGGCAAGCUCCUGCCAUAGCUGGCCCGGCCCAAGUACGCUUGGAGAUAAAGACCCGAGAUGUGUAAGAAAAUCCAAAUUGAAGAGGACCAACUCGAUUUGA